AUGAUACUAUUGGACGUCUCAGAUGCAAUACUUUGCAAGACGUUCCCAACCACACUCGGCGACACAGCACAGCGAUGGCACAACGGUUUAAAAGCCGGGUCGAUAGCCAACUUGAGGCAACUAAAUAGAGAGUUCGUGAUAAGAUUUUUCACAAAUAUCCCACCGAAAAGAAGCACGAAAGAAAUCUACAGGUGCAAACAAGGAGAAGGGAAAACACUUAGAGCAUACAUUGAAAGAUUCAACAAUGAAGCUGUGAAGAUCGAGGAUCUGAACAACGACACGUUGGUACAAGCUCUAAAGAAGGGAACAAGAAUAAGAGUGCUGGGAGACAAGCUAAGCUCAAAGAAACCAAAGACAUACCAGGAGGUAAUGGCGGUAGCCCAGAAAUAUAUCAACAUAGAUGACGGAAGGAGACAGAAGACCAAUGAUGCACCAAGAGAAGAAAGAAGGGGAGCGCCUCUCAAAGACAACCUUCACACUCACUAA